AUGAAUAACCCUUCCCCCUCAUCCACCAUGGGUUCCGAGGACGAAAUUUCCACUUUUCGUAUCGUGAAAAGUGAUGGGAUGGCAUUCUCUGAUAAGCGCAUAGCGGUCAACAGAGCAAUGCCAAGUUCCGAAGAUAACUGGCUACGUAAACUUGGAGAGAUGUUAGGCGCACAAUUCUACCCUAAGUCAACCUACAAAUUCGUCUUGGAGUCGUUCCCCGAGAACUACACUCUUCGACAGAAAUUCCGAGACGAUCUCGGGACCAAAAGCCGUAGCAAGGCCACACUCAAGACCUACAGAUCCCCAACUGAAUUCUUUGACCACUUGUUGUGGUUGGUAACUGAUGGCGAAGACCGAACCAAUUGCUAUUGCAAACAUUGCAAGUCACACAACGGUUCUCAAACAAAGACACCGACUGCAAAGGCUCAGGUUCCGGCUAAAUCUGGCCCUGCCGCGAAACUGACGGGACCACUCGGUGGUAAUUCUCCAGCACAAUCCGCUACAACGUCUACCGCGUCCAGUCCGGCGCCCAGUGGCCCCUCGGGGACCUCGGUGGCCUCGGGCUCGUCGGGAACGUCGGCCCAGAGAGUCGCUUCUGCCGCAUUGACAACACAAGCAGCGACAAGUUCUGCCCCAGUGGUGAUUCAACAUGACGAGCCUCCGCUAUUUAGGGAGGGAGAAGUCGUGUGGUACAUCCUACACCCUUCCUUCCGCUUGGGGCUUGUCAUACAAAACCUGCCUAGCAAUCCAGCUACCUCAACUCCUGCUAUGCAUAAAAUAAAGCCUUUGUCGCACUCACUAAGAGCCCUUGGAGAUGUUAUACAGCCUGAGGCUGAUAUGAGACCAUUCCUGGCAUUCAGUGUGCCCGCUCCUCAUCCAAUCCUCGACAAGUUCGUCAAUCAUCCUAUAGAAGCGAUCCCGUGGGAUGCACUGGAAGCCCAGGUCAGCAAGAUAGACGGAGGACUAAGCGUUGAAGCCUCCAAGGUAGGCGCAAGUCGUGUCGACCACUCGUAUUCUCUGUUCAACCCCCUCAUGGACGCUACGCUCCAACCUAACCAACAGAGUUUCGGUGGUGUAUUCUUCGGCUGCGAAAAGAUCUGUACAUUCGAGGCCAUCCGAGUACGACUCGAGCAGGCUGAGCAUCCGGAGUGGGAUAACCCCGAACUUCCUUUCGCUAUGGUAGUUAGGAAAAUCAUCCUGGAGGGAACAGAUAAAGAAGAGCUCUUCUUCCACGGCGACCUCUGGCUCCUGCAGGAAACCGAUUCGCCUGCCCACGGCGAUACACUGAAAUAUGUCACCCCGGCCAUGGUCCGCGAGAAAAUGUUUCGAGACAGAGUGAAGCACACAUCGAACACACAUUUUGAGUGGGUCCUGAUCCAAAAUCCCAUCAAGAAGUCCGAAGCGCACGUCCGAGGACGAUUCCACGAGUCCGAGAAGCUAGGUCCGUUGCUCGACACAAACUGGGCCGCAACGGUACAGCAAGGGCACUUCAUGCCCGCUCAUCACAAGUCUCUGAACAACCGCGGCGACUCUAAGAGCUUUAACGUCGGUCGAAAGGAGUCGCGUUCAGAUGCAUUUGCCGGUAUCUUCCCGCCGGGCACAGUCCUGUCUUUUGGACCUGACGUCGUGGAGCGGCCCGGAAACUCCUACCAUCCUCAUUAA